AGCACCGGGCGGCGAUGAAUUGGGACGCAGGCGUGGACCCAGGGACCACUCCCCCUGCACAGACAUGAGACCAUAGGGGACCUGUCUGGGUGGCCUCAGGGAUAGGCGCUCCCCAAGGUGUGAAUGAGGCAGGAUGAACUGGACGGGUUUGUACACCUUGCUCAGUGGUGUGAACCGGCAUUCUACGGCCAUUGGCCGAGUAUGGCUCUCCGUCAUCUUCAUCUUCAGAAUCAUGGUGCUGGUGGUGGCUGCGGAGAGCGUGUGGGGUGACGAGAAGUCUUCCUUCAUCUGCAACACCCUCCAGCCUGGCUGCAACAGUGUCUGCUACGACCACUUUUUCCCCAUUUCCCAUGUGCGUCUGUGGUCUCUGCAGCUCAUCUUGGUUUCUACGCCGGCUCUCCUUGUGGCCAUGCACGUGGCUCACCAGCAGCACAUAGAAAAGAAGAUGCUGCGACUUGAAGGCCACGGGGACCCGCUACACCUCGAGGAGGUCAAGAGGCACAAGGUCCACAUCUCAGGGACACUGUGGUGGACCUAUGUCAUCAGCGUGGUCUUCCGGCUGCUGUUCGAGGCUGCCUUCAUGUACGUCUUUUAUCUGCUGUACCCUGGCUACGCCAUGGUGCGGCUGGUCAAGUGUGAUGCAUACCCCUGCCCCAACACGGUGGAUUGCUUCGUGUCCCGCCCCACCGAGAAAACCGUCUUCACCGUCUUUAUGCUGGCCGCCUCCGGCAUCUGCAUCAUCCUCAACGUGGCCGAGGUGGUGUACCUCAUCUUCCGGGCUUGUGCCCGUCGAGCCCAGCGCCGCUCCAAUCCGCCCUCCCGCAAGGGCUCCGGGGGCUUCGGCCACCGCUUAUCCCCUGAAUACAAGCAGAACGAGAUCAACAAGCUGCUGAGCGAGCAGGACGGCUCCUUGAAAGACAUACUGCGCCGCAGCCCCGGCACCGGGGCUGGGCUGGCUGAGAAGAGCGACCGCUGCUCGGCCUGCUGAUGCCACCGACCAGGCAACCUCCCAUCCCACGCUCCCCCCACCCCCCUACCCCCGCCCCCGGGCUCACCCCCCUCUCGCCUGCAGGUGCGAUGCGCAGGCCUCUGCCUGCGAGGGAUCGCUAGAUCAAAAUCUUCCUUCCCUCCCGACCUCCCUUCCUCCCGGGGGCCUUCCGUCUCAGGCGCUGAAGGGGUAGGGAGCUGGAGGCCACCCACGCCAGGGCUCAAGGCUGCUGGGGAUGUGGGCAGCUCUCGUUGCUGUGUCCCUUCCUCUUCCCUCUCUCUCUCCCUGGGACCACUGAGGACCAGAGGUAGGAUGCUCUGACGGCAUCUCCAAUGAUGAAACUAAUCUUAACCCCGUGCUGUCAGAGACCCUCUUUCUGGCGUCACCUCGGUGGGGAGGGGUGCGGGCAAGUGGAGUGGAAGGAAGGUGCGGUGGGCACAUGGUGGAGGAGGGAGGGUAGCAGAUGCUAGGGAAGGAGGAAUAGCCCUUGCUGGCCAUGAGGAAAAGGGGGACAUGCCUGGGGUGGAGGCGCUAGGGAGGGAGAAGCAGGCAGAUCAGUUGGAGUGGGGGGUUGGUCAGGGCUGCCUUUGCCUCUAGUCCCUAAGGCCUCUCUCUGCCUGAAAUGUUACACAUUAAACAGGAUUUUACAGUAAACGAA